AUGACUUUAACAGCAGAAAAUUUGAUUAACACCAUCCAUUAAAUAAUAAAUGACUUGAAAUAAGAUAUUUUUUAAAGAUUUAAUUACAAUUUAGAUGAGAAUUUGACAUAUUUAGAUUUGACCAGGAAUUUAAUUCUUUUAGAAAACGUUUUCAGUGAAGAGUCUAUCAAAAGAAGUUAAGAAUUGCAGAGUCGUUUAUCUUAAUAGUAUUAUCAUCAUCACCACCAUCACUCUCAGAGUUCAAUAAUUAAUAGAUCAUAUAAUUAAAGCACUUAAAAUCCUAUUAACAUAUAAAAUUAGUAGGAUGAGUUUUAGGCAAAUUAAAGUUAUUCUCAUUACACUCCUGUUUAAUAUUAAAAAGUUCAGGAGUUAGACUCGUCAAAAGAUUCUAUUCCUUAGUUCCAUAAGCAGCUACUGAGGGAAUAUAAAAAUUCAAUGGAUUAACUAAAAAAAUAAAAUAAAAUUAUUAGAACUUUAGUUCAGGAAAACUCCUCUAAAAACUCUAAUUUUAGAUCAAUUGAUUACUAUGAUUAAGAUUAUCUACGCAAAGACAACUAUGUAAACACUUUUGAAACUAAUCUAAAUAAUUAAUCUAGUACUGAUGAACAUAUAAGACACCAUUCUAAAAGUUAUAAUACUUUAAAUAGAAGCUAGGAUGAUGUAUAUAAGAGCAGAGGGUAUAAAAUAAGAAGCUCAGCAAAAAAACAAUAUUUAAAGGCAGAAAAAGAGUUGUAAGAUUUGUAAGGAAUUAGAGAAAAAGAAAUUUAAAAAAUAAAAUAAAUUGAAAGGGCAAUAAGGAAAAGAGAGGAAAUAGCUGCCCCUAAAAAUAUAACCACAUCAGAAAUGGAAUAAAUUGAAUAUGUUAAAGGUCAAAAAAAACUAAAAGACAAGCAGUAUAUUUCAAAGAUAAAUGAGUAAAUUUCAAAAUUAGACAAAGAAAUAAGAUAAAUUACUUCAUAUAUUUAAGAUUGCAUAUUAAAAGAGCAAUGA